AUGUUGAAUCAACUCAAUUCCAUUGAACAUCAUUGUCAAACUUUAUAUAAAAGGAUAGAAAAGAAAAGUAAUCUAUAUAAUGUUUCUGAUUUACCAUUUAUAUUUAUUGGAGGUCAUACAAAUACAGGUACUGAUCUAAUGGGAAAUAUUCUAGAUACUCAUUCAAUGGUUCGUUGCAGACCUAAACCAAUUAUAACAAAAUUCUUAUUGCGAUACAGAAAGAACAGACUACAUUCAAUGGAGCGAUUAGUAGAAUCUGGUAUCACUGCAGCCGUGUUAAACAAUGCUGUGGCUGCAUUUAUUGCAACAAUAAUCAAAGAAAUGGGUCCAAGGACACCUAGAUUAUGCCACAGUGAUCUAGAAUCAUUUGAUUAUCUUGAAGACUUAAAUAUCUUGUUUCCAAAAGGAAAGUUUAUUCACAUCGUCCAAGAUGGAAGAGCCACUAUUGCUUCAGAAAUAGCUAGAAACAUCAAUUCUAAUUAUACAUCUGAAAAUAUCACAGAAGCAAUUUUAACUUGGGAUGAUGUAACAACACAAACAUUAGAGGAUUGUGAAAACAUUGGUAGUGAAAAAUGUUUAACUUUAACGUUCAAUCUGUUCAACUAUUCUAUCAUGUUCCUCAAGUUGGCACUGUUUCUACUCUGCAUGACUGUGUUAUAUGAUGAUGUUUGUGCUGCUGCAAAUGACACUACUACCGCUACUGCUGAAAAGGAGAAGCAUGCGAAGGUUGAUAAAUCAGUGAAGAAUGCAGACAAAGAUAAUCAUGAUGAUGAAAAGGAUGAGGAUGAGGAGGACGAUCUUAAGGUUCAUCCGGUAGGAGCGAAGAGUGAAAAGAAAACGGAGGAUGUGGAAGUGGUGGACGAGCCUGUUGUAGACGAUGUGAACAUUACGAAAAAAUGA